CCCUCCACCCGCACUCUAUUCGUCUCUCGCUUAACGAACAGUGCCAGCACAUCACACUCUGGCCACGUAUUCCUCCAAGACUAGGUCCGUUAGUCAUGCACUCCACCCUCGCCAUUCGCCGAGUAGCGGCUGCUGCCGGCACCUCCAACAACGUCUUCACCCUCGCAUCUGGUGCUCAGAUUCCCAAGAUUGGCUUCGGAACUUGGAAGUUGAACAGAGACGAGGCACACAGCUCGGUCACUGACGCUCUCAAGACUGGUUUCAGGCACAUCGACUCUGCUUGGGCAUACAAGAACGAAGAUGCUACUGGACGUGCAAUCCAACAGUCAGGCAUCCCUCGCAAGGACCUCUUCAUCACCUCCAAGCUCUGGAACAGCUUCCACGGAGACAAUGUGGAGAUGGGUCUGGACGCCAGUCUGAGGGAGCUAGGCACAGAUUACCUUGAUCUGUACUUGAUGCAUUGGCCAGUCGCCUUCUCCAACCCGAAGAACUCGGAGUUGUCUUCUCUCAAGUCUCAGGAUGGCCGACCCAUCGAGAACCACAUCCUCUCGGCGGACAUCAUGAAGACCUGGAGAAACCUUGAGGAGAUGGUCAAGAAAGGAAAGGUCCGUAACAUCGGAAUCAGCAACUUUAACAUUCGAAGAGUAGAAGAGCUCCUCGCCUCGGCCGACAUUCUGCCCGCCACCAACCAGGUUGAGGUCAACUACGGAGUCCCCAACGAUGAGCUUUUGCACUACUGUGAGGCACACCAGAUCAAGAUUCAGGCCUACAGCCCCCUCGGCAGCAGCGAGUAUGUGGAAGAGUACUCUCAGGAUCCCAUCAUCCAGGAUGUUGCCCAGCGCAACAAUAUGACUCCAGCGCAGGCCGUCCUCGCUUGGCACCUCGCCCGUGGCAUCAAUCCAAUUACACGAAGUCGAAACGUGGAGCGCAUGCAAGAGUCCCUCGCAGCUACAGAGCUCGAGCUACCAUGGGCUGACGUCCAGCACCUCCUCAAGGAAGCCGAGAACAAGCCGAUUCAGCGUGUCGUCGAUCCCACUGUCGCCUGGAACGUCAAGGAGGACAUCUUCGAAGACGGCACCGACCAGACUCGUCUCCUUUCACUCAAGACGGACAGCAUCGAGGUUUCCAUGCCCCACGAGGCUGGUGUUCCUUCCUCGUCCGGCAACAGUCACUACCUUGAACCUCGAAACGCCCCCGAUUCCGAGAACAAGCCCAACGAGACUGUCGCACGCUUCCACACCCUCUCUGGAGGCAGGACAAACGGCACGCGCGGCUCUACUGUCAUUCAGCAGCUGAUGCAGCGACGGGGCUUCUCUUCUUCCCGAAUCCCUCGCGCUACUUCAUCUUUCCUUUCCUCCACCUCAAAGCAAGCUCUCGCGACUUCUGGACUUGAGUGGAGCUCCGCAAGCGCUCAGACUGGCGAGUCGCGUGAGACUCGAAAGAUGAACAUGUGCACGGUGCGUCCUCAUGCUUUUGGCAUUCAGACUCGUUGCGCGUCUUCUGUUGCAUCCCCACUUGCCUCGUCUCUGGGCGUACCGCCUGUACCAUCGGCGAUGCCACAGAACUCGUCCCCGCGCGUCUACACGCCGCGCAAGGCGUUCUUGUUCUCGCAGUACUCGCGCCUGCUGUCAGAGUCACAGUUCAUGCUGCUCGUUCAGCCGAAUAAUCUUUCUGUAGCCGAGCUAACAGCCAUCCGCGCAGAGAUUGCAGCUGUACCUCUGCCUGAGGGCGAGGACUCGGGUAACAGGGCACGCCUCACGGUGGUCAGGUCGGGCGUGAUGAAGCCUGUGCUGCGUCAGGCGAUCAAGGAUGGGUCGAGCACAAAGGCGGAGCUGAAUGGCCUGGAAAGUAUUCUCUCCGGCCCACUCGCGAUGCUCACGUGCCCCUCUCUUUCACCGCCAUACGUCUCCAGGCUUCUGUCGGUCAUUGAUAAGGCGCUCGGCAACCGUGCUCUGUCCCCGGCUGCUCCGGCUGGCAAGCCCCACACGAGAACAGCCAAUGCGAACCCCCGUAUGGUUCCGUUGGCAGCGAUCGUGGAAGGCAACCGGUUGGUGGACGUCCCAGCUCUGCGGGAUGUUUCGAAGUUGCCGGAUCUACAGACACUGAGGUCACAGAUCGUCGGCCUGCUCAGCUCGCCUGCUAGUCAGCUCGCUAGUGUGCUUUCGAUGGCUUCGGGUGGUCAGCUUUCGUUGACGCUCGAAGGCCGGAAGAGACAGCUAGAAGAGAAGGCGCAGUAGUCAGCUUCACAGGCAGCCAUCGCCUCGGUCACGCCCCUCGAUUCCCUCUCUCUCAUUUCUAAUCCCCCAUGUAGCCUCCAGCAUUAAUGUCCCACUCUUAUCUAGACUUUCUCCCACCCCACUGUACACAUUUUCCCUUCUCAUCCCCUCGGGUCAGUCUCCUGGGGAGAAGCGACUCAAUCAAGAUUCCUCUUUUCCCCUUACGUUUCUGAGCUGCAGUUCCUCUUUCGGUCAAACUGCUCUGAGCGUAUCGUACAAUGGC